CUCUCGGGAGCGCGCUCAGCGGUGGCGCGUCUGGUCUGGGGUUUGUUCAUCAACGCUCUCAAACCUCGGUAUUAUUCUGCGUUUGAGGAUGCGUGUCACGGUGUGAAAAGAAAAUACUGACUGACGUGCGGCUAAUUGGAUUGAGACGGUCCGGCGAGAGGAAGAAUAAAAGAAGUGAGUGAGAGGGAGAGAGCGAGGACGAAUAAUCCAGCUAAUCCAGCCGUUCAGACUCCUCUGAGCCACAGACCAAACACAGCGGAUCAUACGUGCGUCUGAUGUGCUUCAGACGGGCUGUUUGGGGGGAUCCUGCGAUGCUGAAGUCCUGCGGUGGGAUUCGGAAACACUAAAGUAACUUCUCUGAGCGCUGGUGGACGUCAGGUGUGUCGGGACAAAGCCGAAGGAAGAGGACAAUCCUGGAUGACACUUAUCUUACAAAACGUCACUUAUCUUACAAAACGUCACUUUUCUGGAGAAACGCUGUUCAACUUUGGUGUGGACAUGCACUCAGAUGCAGCUUUAAAGGAGACGUAAAAGACGUGAUGGAUCAUUCAAGUCAUAUUUCUCGCCAUGAGUCUGGGAAAGCUGCCGGCGAUCAAGGGCCUGGUGUCCACGUCUCAGGGCAAACGGCGGUUUAAGAGCGACCUGUCGGUGGACAUGAUCAGUCCGCCGCUCGGAGACUUCCGCCACACCAUGCACGUGGGCCGCGGCGGGGACGUCUUCGGUGACACUUCAUUUCUGAGUAACUACGGCGGAUCAAGUAACAGUGAUGCGAUACGGUACCCGGAUUCGCCCUCCGGCUCCAAACCAACGCGCUUUUUAUCGCGAACCCUGCAGCAUGUGAGAAAGACUCCUAUGCCCCGGCUGAGAGGAGGGUCACGUGACUUCUCGUCCCCUCCGCCGCCCAUCUCACCCAUCAUUAAAAAUGCCAUCUCUCUGCCUCAGCUGAACAUGAACGACGUCGGCCUGAUGAGGGCGCUGCUGCCCACCUCCACCAGCUCACCGGACGAACCGCUCUGCUCCUACGGUCUUCGUUCUGGUUUCGUCACACUGCCUCGUUCAUCUCGUCUUGACCAGAGCUUUGCAGAAACGUCUGAGUUGCUCAGCUCAGAUAGUCGACGGAGUUCCUUACCUGAGAACAGCGAGGUCUCAAUGACACAAUCUGAUUCGCUCUCGUCCUUCACGGUGGACCUCGGCCCCUCCCUCAUGAGUGAGGUGUUGGAGUUGAUUGACAGCUCAUGCUGCCUCAUUAGGAGCCAUCGAGAUCAGGAGGAGGAGGAGGAAGAAGAGCAGCAGAGCUCUGUGUUUGAGAUGGAUCAUGAAUGUCAGACAACUCCGAUCGCAGCAGACGUCACCAUCGAGCCCAGGAGGUUUCAGCAGGCUGCUAGCGUGCUAGCACGUCACUUUGGAGGAGGAAGACCUGAAGAGGAGCAUCAGAGACCGUCCUCUUUCAGACACACAAGGACGCCAUACAGCUUCACUGAGACAGAGGAUGAAAUCAAAGUAUGAAAAUCAGAAAUUAAACAUAAGGACAGUUAUGAUAUUAAAAAACAGAUUGAUUUAAAAAAAUGUAUUACAGUCUUUAUUUAUAAGUCCAAUUGAAAUACGUUUUGAAAAUAAGAAUCCAGUGAUUUUUAUUUGGACAAUUUAAAGGACUUGAAAGAGACGAAUGGAGAGCCAUCUUUCUCUAUUAACAAACAUCAUUCAGAUGAACAAACAUUCAGCUGUAAAUUUCUUUUUUAAUCUUUGAAUCAAGUACAUAUUCGUUAAAUGUUCUGUUCUGUACGAUAUUUUCACAAGUACAUUUAUAUUUUAAUGUUGUUCACAUGUGCAUAUGCAUUUACAAAACCAAAAGGCAAUUACCAGGAUCUUUAGCAUCUAGAGUACAGCAGAUCUGUCUGCUAAAGCCAGUGUGAACACUAAUAAAAAUUAAAAAAAAACAAAAAUUUCAUUGUGACAGUUAGAUUUUAUAAACCAAUAUCAUUCAUAUAUUUUAACAGAAUACUUGGUUCCGUUUUAUACUUAAUGCUGACAGGUUUAUGUGUUUCUGAGCGAACAAGUAAUGUUAAUCACAAAUUAAUAAUAUUCAUAUAUGCAGUAAAUAUAUAUGUGGAAUUAUUUUUGUAGUUUCUUAUAUAGAAGAAAAGUGUAUAUAAUGUACGGUUAAUAAAAUAUAUGUUUAGGAACA